GUAACCAUACUAACUUCCGGUACUAAUUCUCAGGUGAAAGAACUACCUGUAUCCAGAUAUAAAACAAUUAGUAUGUAAGAAUCAAACUGCCUGCUUUUAAACAAUGGACACUAAAUCUUUAUAUUCGUUAUUACUUUUUUUAUCUUUGGCUAUUAUAGGAGAAUCAUUGAAUUGCUAUCAGUGUGAUUCAGCUAAGGAUCCAGAUUGCAAAGAAUUUUUUGAUCAUGCUCACAAAGAUGAGCUGUUGAUAAAACCUACGGAAUGUAAAGUGGAUGCUGCCGCAUACUGCUUAAAAACCACGGGAGUUUGGGGUGGUGUAGUUGGAACCACAAGAUUUUGUUCGUCAAGAGGAAUGGGAAAUCAGUGUCAAUAUGUUACUUAUCCUGAUCACGAUCGUACUUAUCGAGCUUCCGCCUGGCAUAUUGGAUGUGUGAACGUAUCGGAAUUCGCUGACGGCACGAACGUUUCGAACGCAAGCCAGUUGAUAGAAUGUUUUCAAGAUUGCACACAAAAGAAUUUCACAUACGUCCUAGUAGGCUCUGAUAACCGUUGCUCUUGCCGCCGUUGGAACGGUUCGUCGGACGUCAAAACGUGUAGUGAGAGAUGUCCGCUUCAAGUCGGCUUGUCCCUACCCUGCGGCGGCACCGCCGCCCUCUACACCGUUCGCCUACCACGCCUUUCUCGAAUAAACAUAGCGCCAUCUAGCGGUGAUAAAGCAUUCGCUAUCCUAGUGGGCUUUGAGAGAGAAAUCGAAGAUGGACUGCCUGACGAUUCUGCCAGCGGUUGGCGAAUAAUUCAGCUAUCAUGGCAAUGGAGAUCUUGCGGACAAGUUGCGGGAAACGGAAGUAGGAUAGUCGCUACACCGCAAACGGCUAUAACGUUCGACGCCCCAUCUUGUGGGCAGCUGAGCGUCGACUUGCUCGCCCGUACGGAGCUUUCAGAACUUCGUUCAAAGGCUAAUUUCUCAUUUAAGACACAUUAUUUAUCUAUUGUCGAUUUGGAUUUAGCCAACAAGACAGCCACAUCGUGUUCACCCGUAGAAAAUGUUGCCACCGCUCUUGUUGGAGAGAGUUUGAUCCUAGAAGCGGAUGCCGACACAGGCCGUAACCUGAACUGGAUUUGGAGAAUAAAUGGAAAAGAAAUUCGAUCGACAAACUGCUCGAGAUGCUUGACUGACCGUCUAGCGUUCUCUCCUCCUCGGAUCGGUGAAUAUAACGUAAGAGUUGAGGUGCGCUCUGGCGAACUACUCGUGCACUCAGCCUUAUCGUUGAUGGCUUUAGAGCGUCAAGUGGUCAACGUUUCCCUAACGGCUCCUUCGUCCGUCCACUCCGUUAAUUCGACCGUACACUUAGCGUUCGACAUCUAUACGGCGUCAAUCGAGGGAGCGUCUCUUGUUAUCGAUUCGGGAGAUGGAUCUUCAAUCAAGCUGACGUCUAGCGACCUCCGGCAUUCGCAAUCUAAUUAUACUCGGACUUGCCAUUUACGGAAAACAAUCGAAUUGCGUUAUUCGACGGCAGGAAAAUAUCGACCGAGGCUUCUCUUCUAUUCUCCAUUCGUCGCUGACGUUAAUAUUACGGUCGACCGAGACUUAAUUAUCGAGAGUAAGCUACCGCCAGUGCGUAUAGAUGGUGAAAAUUAUAUAGCUUUGGGAAGAGCUUCAAUUUUUCAAGCACGCAUUUCCAACGGAUAUAAAGAUCUUUCAAGAGUAAAAUUUGAAUGGAAAAUACUAACUUUGGAUAAUGAAAUAAUCUACUCUUUCACAAGUAAUUCUAACCCUAAAUUGUCUUGGACACCAAACUGGGCUCGAGUGGUCCUCAUCAAAUGUAUUGCAUCUAACGGAGUGAGUCGACAAUUGGCUGAGAUUAGCGUGAAAAUUGAAGAACCGGUUGCCAAUCCAAAGUUGCUACUUUCUCCCACACGAUAUGCUUUAGUGGACUCCUACAUAACUGUUACCGCGAGCGUGACGACUGGCACAGAUUUGACGUUCGAAUGGGAUUUUGGAAAUGGUAAGACGCUGAUCGAUAGCAGUGUUUUUGGAAAAAUCUCUAGGCGCCGUUUAUCCUACUCUGAGGCCAGUCACUACAAAAUUUCAGUGAAAAUCUCAAAUAAAGUCUCUAGAGCAACUGUAUCGUCGAUCGUAGAAAUUCAGGACUCAGUUGCUGGACUAACCGUUCAUCCUUCUCACUUUGUAGUGGCAUCCGGAUUCAACGGGUUUAGUCUGCUCGUGAAAAUUUUAGAAGGAACUUCUCCUAUGGUUAAAGCUGCGACCAAUGGAUGGAUUUUCCACGAAUCUCGAAAAAUCACAAAUGGAACGGCCAAAAUUUCGCAUAUUUUUCUUAAAUCGGGAACUCAUAGUGUAGAAGUUACUGUUUUUAAUCAUGUAUCAACAAAAACUCAAGUAUUAUAUGUUGAAGUUGAAGAUACUAUACCAGAUGACAUUCAAGUAGCUGUUGUAAAUGCUUUAACAAGCGGCUAUUUCAACAUAUUCGCGGCUAUAUUUAAUGGUCAAUUAAACGAAGAUUGCCCUAGGGCGUCCAAAGCAAAUCUUCUUUGGCGCAAUGAUGCGAAGUAUGAGUGGACUUAUAAUAACAAAACUACAACGUCAAAGUCACCUCUCUUUCAGCCGGUUAUUUUACCUGAUCGGUCAACCGCAAAUGUUUCGCUUCAGGCAUCUAACAAAGUGAGUAAAGUUGUAUCUUCGACCGGUUGUCCUAUUCAUCCUGUGUUAGACACUCCUUGUUUGGCACACAAGGCGUUCGAAGUGGUUGGAAAACCUGUUAGUUUUAGGCUUUUGAUAAUCCCAAAAUCUAAUAUACUUGUUUCAUAUGGGGACGGAGAAAAACAGGAACUUAUGUUUAGUACAGAUAUUCAAUUUCAACAUAGUUAUAAAAAACCAGGAAUUUAUCAAGUGACAGCAGAAUUUAAAGGAUCAAAGAUAAAAAUGGUCCAGAGUUUAGUACAUAUUCAAGAACCAAUAGGUAAAGCGGAUUUAAAAGGUCCGUCAGCCUUGUCAAUUAAUUCGUCGGAAACCGUCAAUUUUACUUAUGUGGUUCUGGCCGAAUUUGCUACUGAUUUACUAUAUAAGUGGACUAUAGGCACUGUCAGUUUCCCAUGGACCUCUAGAAACAAAAUGACGGCAGUUUUUCAAACGAAGGGUCCUCAUGCUAUUACAGUAAUUGUUAAAAAUGAUGUAAGCCAGCGGGUGCUAGAGCGAAUUGUGCAGGUUCAAUAUCCUAUUAAUAGCGUACGCUUGCGUGUGGAACCUGUCGUUCUUGGUCAGAUGUCUCUAUUUACACUAAUUAUAAAAGGGACAAACAAUUUCACAUUAAAUAUGAAUUUUGGUGACGACACAAAAUUGAAAAAGGACUCGUUUUCACUCAACUCCACAAGGGGUUUGGGAUUAGGCGAAGACUCAUCUUUUACCUAUUUUGUCAGACACCAGUAUAAAAAUGUUGGAACUUUCGGGGUACGUGCAUUUGUAUCGAAUCUUGUUGACAGAACUUGGAUUAGCACAACAGCAACUGUAGAGGAAGCUAUUGGCAAUAUUAGCUUACAAGCCGUUCCAUCUGACUUGUACAUCGAUCGUGAAUUAGGAAUACAAGUUACAGCUACUGUGGGCUCGGGGAAGGAUUUGGCUUUCGAAUGGGAUAUGAAUGAUUUAACAGGGGCAGACGAUAUAUUUGGCAAUGCCACAUCGAGUACUGUCCGAAAAGUAUAUCAACUUACAGGAGCUUACGAAAUAAAAGUCUGUGUAACCAGUCGGUUGCAACUGAAGGGAGUUUGUCGCAGUUUACCAUAUAAGGUAGUUAUGAUGGAUCCUAUAAAGAAUGUUGAAGCAUAUGUCAGCAUUCAUUUUCUGGAAGGAAAUGACACUGUAAUUGGAAUACCAUUUCGAGAUUCUAUUGAUCCUUCUGUGUCAGGUGUAUCUGAUCCAGUCCAAUUUCAAGUAAUUAUGCAAUCGGGUACGGAUGUUAGGAUUCUAGUGAAUUUUGGAGAUAAUCAAUCAUUGAGUGACGACAUUAACGGCAAUAUACACACAGCCGGCGUUUAUUCCGUAUCGAUAAACGCUAGCAAUCAACUUGGAAGCGCGAUGCUGAAAGGUACUAUUAAAGUGCAGAGAGAGCCGGAACAACUAACGGUCGAUGUAAACAGUAAAACUGUGCUCUUAGGUAAUGCUACCUGGAUAAGGGCAUCCGUUGCAAGGGGAUCGAACGUCUCCUAUACAAUAGAUUGGCAAGAUGGGAAAGUUGAUGAGGGAAGUGUAUCGAGUCAUGUAUACGAAACAACGGGCAUUUAUCAAGUUACUGUUACCGCUCAAAAUCUUGUUGGUAUUAUUACAGAAACUGUAGUCAUUAGAGUACAAAAGAGGCUUAUAGGAAUACAACUAACUGGACCUAACGUUGUACCGAUUGGUGAAUUGGUUCGAUUUGAAGUUGAAACUAGACCACCUUCAGAUAAGACUUUGGUGAAGUACUACAGCUGGAAUGUAAAUGGAGGAGCUACUGAGCAGCUGACGGCAAUACCACUUUUUACGUUUAUUUAUAACACACCCAAUGAGCAUCUGGUUGUCGCAAAAGCAACGAAUGAUUUUGGAAGCGUGACCUCAGAUCCCUUCCGAGUACGUGUUAUGGCUAGAAUAUCAACUGACUUAACCAUAAGACUGCAAAAUACUGCUAAAAUAGUCGGCGAGAAAAUUUCUUUUGUUGCUUGGCAUUAUUUUGGUUCCGAUGUGCAAUAUGUUUGGAAUUUUGGCGACAGUUCGGAUAAUUUAACAACUACUUCGCGAGAAGUGUGGAGAAUAUUCAAUGAAGAAAAGAAGUACGUUGUAUCUGUGAUUGCGAGAAAUCCUCUCGGCGAAGUAACAACAUCAGUUGACGUUUUCGUUACACGGGAACAUUGCCUUUUGCCCGAAGUAAAGGUUUUAGGUUUAACGAAUUCUAAGGUUGCGCGCUCUAAAGAAUUGAUUAUCGAAACUCGAGUAAGCAUAAACUGUUCAAUAUCUGAAGUGGCUAAAUUCUCGUGGAGUGUUUGCAACGCGACGAGUGGCACAGCCGUCGACAUUGGAUGUAUAUCGAACAAUCUUUUGAAAGAAAAAGAUUUAAUAUUGCCACCCGGUUGUUUAAAUUACGGCAAUUACACUUUUGAUUUACACGUUUCACUGAAUGACACAAUUAUUGUCAGUCGGGCUAGAACAUUUCGUCAAAUAGUACCGAGUAAAUUAAUUUCAAAUAUUAAAGGAGGUACAAGACGUGAUUUUAAUAGAAAUGAAACAAUUAUUAUUGACUCCUCUGAUUCUUACGAUCCUGAUGAAUUGAAUGGCUCAUUAACUUUCAAAUGGAGUUGCUAUUCAUUAAACGAUUUAGCUGCUGGCUGCUUCAUUGAUAGUAAAGUGGAUAUAAAUUCUUUUGGUAAUGAAGUUUUAAACUUGAAUGGCUCUCUCUUCCAUUCGAAUACCUCUGAGUUUGUAUUAAAUGUAACAAUCUCUAAAUAUGGUCGACGUUCGACCUGGAAUUCGCAAGUCAUUCGAUUUGUGUCGAGUGGAAAUAUUGAUGUUUACAUUAAGUGCCAGAGUUGUCUGUCGCCGCAAAUCAACGCCAACGAUCGUCUGGUUUUGGUGGCCAACCACGAAAAUAUUGACAAUGUUGUCUACGAAUGGAAUCUAUUUGAAGUUCCGUCAGGAAAAAAGCCUAUUUUAGUUGACGAUCAAUCUAGAUGUAUCCUAGCAGAUGGCUCGUCAUAUUUUAACUACGAACACGGCAAUCAGACGACGGAAUCAAGCAACGGAAGUAAUACGACUAAAGCCCCUGGCCGAGAAGAUUUCACGACAGCCACAACUGUGGAUUAUAAUAAAGCCAAUGAACAAACUACCAUUUCCUCCUGGUCAGAAUUUAAAAUUCCUAAUAUCAAGGAGAGACCUAGCGGAAGGAGAAGACCUGAAGAAUUACCGACUGAUGGGCAACGACCAGAACCGGAACCGUUACCGGAAGAAGGUUCGCCUCCCGGAGAUGGUGCAGUGGACGAUCACAAACCUGUCAUUAUUAAAGAGCACGUUCUACGGAAGAGAAAGUUGCAAAUAAAUAUAAGAAACGAUCACACAACUACUGGCUUACGGGGAAAAUUGUUAGUAAUAAAGGAGAACUUUUUAAAACCAGAUGACGAAUAUCUCGUGGAAGUUUCUAUUUCGGAAAGGUCUACUGGAAGAAAAGGAUCAGCACUAUUUUAUUUAAAGGUCAACGAUAGUCCAAUGCUUGGAAUUUGUAAAUUGGAUAAGGAUUCUGGGGUGGAAAUGGAAACUUGGUUUAUCUUACAUUGCACUGGUUGGAAGGAUGAGGACUAUCCACUUCACUAUGGUUUAAGCUACACUUCGUCCGAAAAUAAUGAAGUCACUGUUCCAGUUUAUCAAGGAUUGGAUCAGAGUAUCGCUUUUCAACUGCCGGCCGGAUUAAACAGAUUGCAUCCCUCAAUUAUGGACGACAACGGUGCUAAAACGUACAUUUGUCAAAUUUCUAUUAAUGUUUCGAAAAGUGAAAAAAAAAUAGAAGCUAUUGCGACCGAUAAUCAUUUGGUUUCAUUAGUAUCUAAAGGGGAUAGAUUGGCUGUGCGUUCUUACGCGCAGUUAGUAGCCACAGCAUUGAACCGCCGACAAACUGACGCCACCGACACGCGUCACCAGCUCGUCAGCACCCUCGACAAAUUACCUUGCCGUACGCAGUUCGAAUUAAAGCAGACCGCAACCGCUCUAGCGGAAACGACAACGAAUGGUCUUAGAGAAGAGAGCGCCGCCCUUACGCUGCGAGUUUUAGAGAGGACAACAACUGAGCUGUACCGUUUGGCUGCCGGAAGUAAUAAGUUAGAGGAUGGUAUCAUUGCGGAAUCACUGGUAGCUGCCUCAAAUGUAUUGUCAUCAACGAAUAAAACAGUUGUGAUUGAAGAGGCUACAAAAUUGUUGGAAGGCGCUUUGCUUAACGCCGACGUGAUGCUGCGCACUCCAGGGGAAGCGGCAGUCGGACGACAGACGGCGUCGUUGUCGACACUAGCAGGCCGCUACGCAGUAUUGCCAAACGUAGUGCGAGCGACUGAUCAUUCCGCCUUUUUUUUGCCACCAACGUCGACCUUCUCUUUUGGGCGGUCCUCAUGUUUGCAGGCGCAUCUCGUUUAUUACGAGUCAAAUCCCUACUCGAGACUACUAGAUGGUUCUGUUUCAUCUUUAACACUCUUUCAAUGCGAUGAAAACUCAGAAAGUGCCACUCCCAGAGAAGUGACAGUAAAAAACUUGAAAAAGGAGAUAGUUGUAGAAUUACCAACGACAUCUAAAGAUCAGAAACUGCCUGCUCGCUCUGGACCGUUCACUUUAGACCGCCGUAAAUUAAAUAUUCAUCGAGUGCCUGCAUUUGAGCAUAGAGUUUUGCGCGUUCGUUUGGAGUUGGAGGGAUUGAAAGAUGGAGAAAUCGGUUUCGACAUUAAAUUAGUGGCUAGCAGAAACACCUCAAACCACGCUCAAGCCACGCAAGUGGUGAGCAAGGAUUCAGGUGUACCGGAUGAACAAUCUGCAUAUUUUAUCGCCGUCGUCGAAGCGUCUCUCAAUUCAAAGACUCCCCAUGUCGAUCAAGUAAAUACGAGGACGUAUCAUUUGAGAACUUGGUGGGCGUCGUGUGUGUGGCGAACGCCUGAGUUUACAUGGUCGUCUCAAGGCUGCCGGGUGCUAUCGUCAUCGACACCUGAAAAAACGUUGUGUGGCUGCAAUCAUCUCACUUCAUUCGCAACUCCGUUAAAUUUUGCUCCGAAUACAGUUAAACAGUUUGACUUGGAAGAUUUAUUCGAUUUGAAAACCAAUCCAUUGCCUCUUGGCUUUCUCUUAUCCGUUUUGACCUUGUAUUCCAUUUGUCUCUUCAUAUGCAUUUCAUUGGACAGGCGUAGUUCGCAAAAAGCCCAGGAUGAGGCCAUCGAGCUAGCAGAUAACGGAAGUGGAGAUGAGUCAAUGUACAUUCUUUGCGUGGAAACAGGUGCUAGGCCUUCGGCGGGAACAAGCGCUACAGUUAGUGUUUGUCUUCAUGGCGAUAGAGGUUGCACAGAAACGCGACGCCUGGCCACUGGUCAAGAUGAAAAUGAGGAAUCCAUUUUUAAGAGAAAUUCUCGUAAUUUCUUCGUUUUAACAUCGACUCAACAUAUCGGAACGUUAUAUAAAGUUCAUAUAUGGCAUGAUAAUGACGGUAGAAACCCGUCUUGGUUUUUGUCAAGAGUCGUAGUUUUUGAUGCAACUGAGGAGAGAACUUACUGCUUUCCAUGUGAACGUUGGCUAGCUGCCCAUAAACAGGAUGGCCAUGUUGAAGUUCAUUUAAAUGCUAUGGAAAAAGCACCGGGAUUUUGGAGAGUUAUCAAAUGGAAAAUCGAAGGUUACUCUACCGAUUAUCAUUUAUGGUUGUCUCUUUGUGCUAAAUCUCCAACACAACGUUUUACAAGAGCACAGCGCUUGUCGGUUUGCCUAGCUUUAUUCUCUACUUAUAUGGCAUUGUCGGCUGCCUUCUAUAAACCUAUUCCACCAGAACUUAGAGCCCAUACGGGUCUUAUCGAUCUAUCGUACCGAUCUCUUAUCGUUGGUGUUUUAACGCCUUUUGUUGCGGCACCUGUCAAUUUGUUACUUAUACUACUGUUCAGGCGGACGGUUGUCAAAAUGGAAAUAAAGAAAGAGUACCAAGAAAGUGGCAAUGGCGAAGACGGCGUAAAAAAUGAUGAUGAAGAGACGAUAGCAGCUGCUAACAGCUUGCCGUCUAUAUUUGACGAGACUUUGAUUAGCUGGCAGAAAUUGCAGCAAUGGGCUGAAAAACAAUGGUUAAAAAUGAACGGCGAUAGCGAGGACGAGCCCAUAGUCGCACCUACCGAUACGCUACACGUAGAAACCCGUUUUGUACGCUGUUGGCUACCGCGUUGUACACUUUACAUAGCCUGGUUUUUAUGCCUAACCGUUAUUGGUCUUUCUUGCGCAACUGUUGUGCUCUUUACAAUGCAAUUUGGUAAAAGCAAAGCGAUUCAAUGGCUACAGUCGGUCGUCUUCAGCCUAAUAUCGUGCGUCUUUGUCCUACAUCCGCUCCUAAUUUUGCUACUAGCCUUACGGAUAGCUUACAAAUAUGGCAAUAGUCUAAAAGCCUACGAAUCGAUUGACGAUAAAGACUUAUUCUCAAAGAUUGUCCGACGAUCAAAGAGCCCAAAGAAAGUAACAUUCGAUUUAGAUCAGGCCUAUGACGACCGUAAGAAAUCUAGGCAAUUGCGUUACAUCCGGCCACCUAAGGAGGAUAAGUUAGCAAAAUCGCGAAAGAAGUUGGUAAAGGAAAGCGCAACUAUACGAUUCGUCAAAAAAUGCGCGAACGUAUCACUAAUUCUUAUUUUGACUUGCCUUAUUGCAUUUGGGAAAGAUAAGACGGCCAUAUAUAAUUUGAAUAGGACUUUAUCGUCGCAAUUCGAUCCGUCUGUAUUAAAUAAAAUCUCAACUACUUGGUGGCAUCACGCACGUAAUAGCAUGCAAAAUGCCUUCGACACCCAGGCAGUUUGGCAUCUAAUAGGUCGCCCUGUCUUAACGCAAUGGCACAAUCGACCGAUAGACGAGGGUUGUAAUCUACCAUUCGAUUACCGUAAUUUGUGCAACGCUAAAGUCCGGAAAAAUCUUUCAACACCACUCAACGAUAGAAAAUUCAACGAUGAUUAUCCCAUUUGGUUUCGCAAUAGAUACUAUGGAAAGAGCGAUUACGGUCAAAGAUUAGGAAAGAAUUUAACCGAAUCUAUAGAAAAGUUAGAUCGAUUACAAAAAGAAAAGUGGAUUGACGAUCGUACUUCAGCCGUAGCACUGCAAUUUACGCUUAUACACGCCCCUACUUCGCUGUUCAGCACCGUAAAAUUGAUAACAGAACGGCCUCCAACAGGGAAAGCAUCUUGUUUUGUUCAAAUUUCCACUACUUACUUAUACAAGUAUAUCUCUUACUGGGAUAAUUUUGUACUCGCAUGCGAACUCAUACUCAUUCUCGUCAUCGUUUAUAAAAUCAAGGACGAAAUUGUUCUACUUUCUACGUCUGGGAAGAAUUACAUAAAAAACCUAUCAAAUUGCCUAAAC